UGGGGCAACGUGGGAGAAAGACAGAAGUGUAAAACAAGGAUGGAGGGACGAAGAUGAGGGAGGUGGAGAGGCAAGGCGAGCAGAUGGAGCACAAGCUUUUUUUUCUGUUCUCUUUUUUCUCCCGCUGAUCUGCAGCAUUUCAUUUAUCAACAGCAAAUUUUUUAUUUGUUUAUUUAUUUUGGUCCCCAUUAACUGUUAGCAGAGCAACGGCUACUGUCCACAGGAAAAAAACCAUACAAUGUUGUGUUAUGUAAAUCAAACUUAAGUAAAAAUAGAAAUACACUACUUUUCAGGCUCACGUUGCGUUAUACAGAUCUAUAUACUCAAAAGUAUACUUAGACAUUACCAUUAGUUUCACCUCCACCGUUGACAUUAACAUUAAUACAUUUUAUGCAUUAAUCUGAAUCUGCAGAAUUUAAUAGAUAAUAAAACUGAUUUGAUUUUAGUCAACCGUCACUGUUGAGAUUUUAUUUAUUGACCAGUAUAAUCUAGUCACAGAUAUCAGUGUCAAGUGACAAGGAAUUGCAGUACAAAGGUGUGUUUGAGGAAAGCACUGACUUGUAUAAUUUUCAUCUGUAAACUAUUGGCUAUAACUCUCAAGAAGAUAUUGAUAAUGUGACAACAAAUGCUCGACCCAAGUGCAGAAAACAAACAGAGGCUCACUGAACAGGUUUCAACAGAGUUUAUUGCAAAUACUGGUAGGUGGUGAGGAAGUUCAAAAGGUCCAGUUGGUCUGGAGGCAGAGGCGAGUUGAGAGUGAAGAAGCCCAGGUGAUUGACAGCAGGAGACCAGAGGACAGUGUCAGGACAGAUCACAAGGCAGACCAGGAAACAGCAAGGUGUGUGAGAAUGGACCUCAGGCAAACAGAGAGUCGAGUUAUGAUCAGUAACACGUCACACAACGCAAGGAGAAACUAGAACACUUCUCAAAGGGGCCGAGUUGAGGUGCUGUCAAAGUAGCUGAAACAAGAAUGUGGUGACGAAUGGUGAGUAGAUCUGAGGUUAUAUAAGGGGAGGGCUUGAUUGGUGAUGACCGGCAGGUGGGUUGAACGGCAGGUGCAUGUAAUGAUGUAAUCAGGGUGGAUUCAACAGAGUGCAGGGAACCAUGGCUUGAAAACAUCACCUCGUCUCUGUCACUUUGAUCCCGAAAAGAAAAUAUUUUUUUCCCCAUCUGUGUACACAACUGGACUGUUGUGUUUCCCUGUUGUGUUGGCGGUCAACUUGCAUAAAAUCUGUGUAAAAGAUAAAGAAUAGUGGGUGAUAGCGAUGAAAAUGUAAAUCAUGUGUAAGUCUUUGCAGCUUUUCUUGCUACGUCAUCUUCUCCUCCACUCUUUCCUGCUCUUGCACGAGUCUGUUGUGUAAUGCCUACUCUAGCAUUAACAGAGAUCUGUGUGUGUGUGUGUGUGUGUGUGUGUGUGUGUGUUUGUUUGUGUGUGAGAGGGCAAAUCUCAACGAGGGUAGGUUUCCAUGGCAGCCGUGAGUUGUAGCAGCAGCUUUGUUAUAACACCACACUGAGACAGUUAAAGCUGCAGAAGUUUAUGGAUAAAGGGGGUGUGUGCCUCUUUGUUCUUCUCUCUCCCCAAAUUGCCACAUUGUAGUGUGUCUGUUGUCAUGGUGAUGUAUAGAUUAGUUACGCCCACAUUGCCCGGCCCUCCCCUCCUCUCUCUCUUCCACGCUUUAUUUUUCUAUCUCUGCCAAUCUCUCCUCUUCUUUUGGUAUGGAUGUGUGUGUGGGUGUGUGUGUGGGUGUGUGUGGGUGGGAAAAGGAGGGGUAUUGUAUUUGAUUGCUGUAAACUCUCAGCAAGAAAGAAAAUACGUGUAUUUCAAAAAAAAAAAAAAAAAAGGUAAACUAUCCCUUUAACCUCCUUGAACAACCCUCUGGCUUAACUGUGUUUCCUUCUACAUUGGAGAUUUUUUUUGCAACCACAGUCUUCAACUUCAACUUUCCAUUGUAAAAGAUGGACUAUUUUCUUCAUUUGCCAUUUUCAUUAUCUCUCUCUCUGUCUCUCUCUCCGUCUCUCUCUCUCUUAGAUUGACUGAGGCCCUACCAUGCCUGUGGCCUCCACCAGGACAGAGCCUGUGCCCCAGGUAUUGGACAUGAUGAGUGACAGCACGACCAGCUCCACCACGGCCAAUGACCUGGACCUCAUCUACCUCAAAGGCAUCAUGGAGAGCCCUCUGGAGCAAGAGGAGAGCCUGAAGGAGCCACAUCUGUCACCGGUGAGGGAGAACAAUGUGGAGCUCCUGCAGGAGAUCCUCCGAGAUCUGGACCCCUUCACACACCGCUCUGGCACUGCAGCUGAGCUUUCCCGCAUUCUCACACAGCCUCAUUUCCAGUCUCUACUGGAGACUCAUGACUCAGUGGCGUCCCAGGCAUGUGAUAGCCCGCCCCCAAGCCCAUGUGAUUUUGUGGAUCAUGAACCGGAGGAGGGCCACACAAACAACCAGCACCCGCCACCUGACGCAAUCCGCAUGGUGGGCAUACGCAAAGUGGCUGGGGAGCAUCUGGGGGUGACGUUCAAGGUGGAGGGUGGUGAGCUGGUGAUAGCCCGCAUUCUCCAUGGCGGUAUGAUAGACCAGCAAGGGCUGCUGCAUGUCGGAGACAUUAUCAAAGAGGUGAAUGGGCGAGAGGUGGGCCGGGACGCCAGGGUGCUGCAGGAGGAGCUGCAGGCAACCAGUGGAAGUGUGGUUUUGAAAAUACUGCCCAGCUACCAUGAAGCCAUACCACCAAGACAGGUGUUCUUCAAGUGUCACUAUGACUACGACCCGGCCAAUGACAACCUAAUACCCUGUAAGGAGGCAGGCUUAAGGUUUGAGACAGGGGACAUCCUGCAGAUAGUCAACCAGGAUGAUGUCAACUGGUGGCAGGCCCGUCAUGUGGAGGGUGGGAGCACGGGGCUGAUACCCAGUCAGAUGCUGGAGGAGAAAAGAAAAGCUUUUGUCAAGAUAGAUGUGGAACUGGCGCCAGCAGGAAAUCUUUGUACUGGUGUUGGAGGGAAGAAGAAGAAGAAAAUGAUGUAUGUGACCACCAAAAAUGCAGAGUUUGACAGACAUGAGAUCCUGCUAUACGAGGAGGUGGCCAAGGUCCCGCCUUUCAAGCGGAAAACUCUGAUUUUGAUUGGUGCCCAAGGUGUGGGGAGGCGGAGACUGAAGAACAACCUUCUACUGAAGGAUCCUCAGCUCUUUGGCACCACCAUCCCAUAUACCUCCAGAAAGCCCAAAAAAGGGGAACGGGAAAGUCGGAUGUACGCCUUCACCAGCCGUAGCAAGAUGGACACCGAUAUCAAGAAUGGUCGCUAUCUCGAACACGGAGAGUACGACGGCAGUCUCUACGGAAUCAAGAUCGACUCGAUCCAUGAGGUGGUUGAGGCAGGACGCAUCUGCAUACUGGAUGCCAACCCUCAGUCUCUCAAAGUGCUGAGGACCUCCGAGUUCCUGCCCUACGUGGUCUUCCUCCAAUCUCCAGACUUCGAAGUGCUCAAGGCGAUGAACCACUCGGCUGUAGAUGCAGGGGUGGUUACUAAAACACUGACGGAUGAAGAACUGCAGAGGACAUGCAGCGAGAGUGCUAAAAUGCAGGCAGCCUACGGUCACUACUUUGAUCUCAGCAUCAUUAAUGAUAACCUGGACGAGACCUACCGCACUGUCAAAGCCGCCCUGGAAACAGUUUCCAAAAACCCCCAGUGGGUCCCCGUCACCUGGGUGUUCUAGAAAGAGGCCGCGGAGGAAAGACAAGAAAGACAACCAAGGCACUGAAAAUACCACUGUGUAACUAAUGGAUGUUGAUAUUUAGAUUUUGACACAUUUCCACUGAAAUUCAAUCUGCCCUUUAGCAUUAUCUUAGCAUCAGAACACUUUUUCCUGAUUGAAGGUCCCGUAUUUUACACCUUUGAUGUGUUUUAUUUAUUGAUCCAUAAGAUAUAUUUGUGGUUUUAAGAACUAAAAACCAUCACAGUGUAGUUUUACAUCUCCUUUCUCUCUGGAGCUCUAGUAACAACAGGUCAAUGAUUGGCUGACUGUUUUCUGAGUGAUUGGUGGAUCCAGGUGGGCGGGGCCUGGGCUGCUUUGUUGUUACAUCACAAAGUUACAGAAGUCCUGACGGCUCGUUUUAAGGUUCAAUUUCUGAAUACAGGCUGUGUGCAUUUCUCUGUGGGCUUUGAUAUUUUUCACAGUAUUAAUAUAGAACCUAGACCUGCUUUAUAAUCAAAAAAGACAUGGAAAUAAUCCUUCAUACAAUGUGGGAUCUUUAAGUAACAGCUUUGCUGGAUAGUGUGCAGAAUAUCUUCUUGAAAGUGUGUAAAUACUACAUCCAUUAUUACAUAGGACUGUAUUAUUCAGAACAGAGAGGAGGGAAUCUGACAGAAAACACAAGGGGUGGAGCAGAUCAAUGAGGUCCUGAAUGUCAGAAAUUCACAGAUUUUACCUGGACAUAUCAAGGUGUGCGUGUGUCUGUGUGUGUGGUCCUCUUUGUGCAUGGAUUUUAGAGCAAAGAUUUUUGUAUGUUUUUAAAUUAUUUGUGCCAUUACUGAUUAUCAUCAGCAGACUGUAAUUGUUUACAUUUCAUGAGUGAACACUACUGAUGGUUACACUAAAUCUACAAGCUAUGAAGGGUGGUAAAAUUUAGCUGACAAAAUGUUUAACCUAUAAAAUUAUGAAAAUGUUGCGAUAUAUAACAUAGAAGCCAAACAAAUGUCUAUUCAGUUUACAAUAAUAUGACAUGAAAGAGGUAAGCCAUUUCUAGUAUUGUCAUUAAUGCAUUUAUUUUAAAAAUCGGUCAUUUGACUAACAUUUUCAGUUGUAAGUAGCACUCGCUUCAACACAGUACUAUUAAAUCCAGCAUAUGCAACACUUCUGUUGCUGUGUAAGGCCACAGAUUUCCUCAUGUCAAAUUAUUUAUUUAUUGGAUAGUGUUAUACUUAAAACUAAGUGUGAUCGAGUGCCAACGACGACGAGCAAACCUCACAGUCCCUCUGCUCUGUCAGUGUUGUGAGAGUAGGUUGCCUUUCUUGUUUUUUAUUUAAUAUAGUUACACACACACACACACACACACACUCACUCACUCACUCACAGGCCCUACAGUAUGCACAUUAAUAUACUGAAUUCACUUGACAUCACAGUAGAUAAAGAAAGAAUAAGACACAUCUAAAAUCAUCUUGGGAAUGGAAAUUUUUUGUACUGUCAUCUAAGGAUGUCACCAUACCCUUAUUAGAAAUUUGGCUUAGCCAGCAUUAGCAUUAACAGCUGUUUACUAACCAGUCUAGAAGAAGCGUUGUAAGCUCAGCAUCAAACUCGUUCCUUUAGCACGCUAACCAGAUAGCAACGGCCUGUCUCGUCACUUUCUGAAAGAUAAGAGUCAGUGUUAAAUCCUGACGGACUGAACGGUAAUGACUGUAGCCUGCUAAUGUUGUGAACACCCAACUCAUGUUAUGAGCUGUCGCCAUAUUAGCUUAAACAAGCUAACAUUAGCCUUUGUCGACGUUGUGUGUGGAGCUUUGCUACAACAGAUGCCAGCUGUCGCAAUUUGCAAACAACAACAACAUUUAGACAACAUGUUGUUAAUAUAAAGUUAACGACUAAAAUAUCUCAAUAUCUCCAUACAUGACACUUGUUGCUGCGCCUCCACGUGUUGUUAGUAUUAACUGUUUCUAGUUGCUGCUGGAGCAGUCAAUCACACCAGUCAAACUGUUGGGCAUCAUGAAGCGGUCAAACAUCUACUUGCUGAAACAAAACUGCCUAUUAGGUGUGGAAUAGUUAAUGCUGACAUUAUGAAGCGACUUACAGGCUAAGAACAAAUAUAUAAAGAGAUAAUCAGUCAGAUCAGUUCCCAGUCGCACACUGGUCAUGAACACAGCAGGUGUUACCCAGUGUCUCACACACACACACACACACACACACACACACACACACUCACAGAAGCUUGGUUUUAUUACAGCACUGUAUUUCAUAAGAACAGGUAAUUCUGUUCAACAUCUAAUACACCCAAUUUGGAGUUUUUAUUUUGUAGUAUAUAUAAUUUAAAAUAAAACCUUCGUUGUAUUCAUUAACUCAGUUGUACAUAGUUUGUAGAUAGCAUCUAGAUACACAGUGAUAUAAUAGAUACUGAUAUAGUAGGUAUGAGAUUCUUGCCUAGUAUUUGCGGUAUGUAACACUUUAGUGAUAACUUUAAGAAUGUCAGUAAAGACAUGUAUACUGUCUUUUGCUUUUUCUAGUGUUGUAUUUUGCACUUUCAGGCCACCGUACGUGUGGCACUGUCCAUGGUGCCAACUGCAGAAAGCUCCUCUAGCAGCUUGUUUGUACUCAGAUCUUUUAUUGUGGCAGCUAACGAAUACUUUUGAUGUACAAUGAAUCGUUGAACGAUACUUGGCAAAAAGAUUGGUGUUCAGCAAAUACAAGCACUGACAAAUAACUGACACUAACAGACCAGUUGUUAUUAGCAUCUCAGUAUUAGAGAAGACACUUUCAGUCACUCAGAUUUUAGCUCUAGUUUUUAAAGUGGCUUAAGCAGAUUUUUGUCGGGCAGCUAUAUUUGGAUCUCUGAAGUGUUUGUCGCUCGCUCCAGGACAUUCCAAAACCUCACUGUGUCCCUUUUCUACAAAAUCUCAUGAACGCAAUAAAACCCUUUUGUCACUGUCUCUUUACUUAAUUAUAUAUAUUUCAAUACAACCAUAACUCUGAAGUAAACUGGCCUGCUCUUUAAACAUGGCUCACUGACAAAUAUCUAAAAUAGGAAAUGGCAUGAAGUAUAGGUUUACUGUACAUUCUUUGUGUGUUGUGUAUGUACUAAAUAUGUACUAUUGAAGGGUCCCAUCUCAAAAGGCUACAUAACAAAAAACAAAGUUACCUUAAAGGUGUACUCCAGUGAUUUAGUAUUGUCCUUCCAUAAUGUUUGGGGACGUACAACAGACAAAUUAAGAAAACAAUAGCCCUGCGUUUUAGAAGCUAGCAUGGGUCAAGCACCAGAAACCCUGAAUACUAUAUUUCCCAUAAUGUAACACUCCAUUAACCACGGCAAACAUGGUACAUACCCAUGCCCAAAUGUUUGCCCUGAUGACCCGUGGCUGACAGGACCAAAGCCGAACAUCAUUUCCAAAUUAUUGUCCAAACUCCUUCCAACCUGUCAGGUCCCGUCAGGUCAGGUAUCCACUCUCUAUUUUACAAACUUCAGAGAGCUUCCCUCUGAGCAAACGCUACAUUACACAACUGUUUUCACAGGGCGAGAAGUACUCAUCCGUACUGUGUAAAAAUCACUGGAGUGGCCCUUUAAAAAUCACAAGCCUGCUUUUCAAAUGAAACCUAACCAGUUACACUGUAAAUGCAGAUGAAUGAAUCUAAUUCUGGAAUGAGACACAGUGGUCAACAAAAAAUGUUUACAAUAUAAGACGCUUUUCUUUCCUCAAAGCGAAAGGACAAAAUCUCUACAGACGCGUCACUCUAAAAGUGGACAGAGAGUCGAGCUCGAAACUUGUAAUUUUGUUUUAGAUUUGAGGAUUGUAGAAUCAGAUAUUGUUGAUGCUUCUGUCUAUACUGAAUAAAUUAUUGAUUUGAUUGAAAUAAG